GCAGCUGUGAAAGAAUGUCUCCAAAGAGUAUUGUCACAUGCCAGUGAUGAGGAAUCCUUAGAUGAUGUGCUCAAGCUAGUUUUUGAUGCUGGUGCAGAUACGAAAAAAACUCCGCCAGACAAAGUAAAAAUUCCACAAGUCUUUCCAACUCUUGCAGAAAAAAAAACCCUAAAAAUGCAGAAAUGA